UGACAUUAGUUUAAUAUGGCGGUAUUUUUUAGUGUUAGUGCAUGGUAACAGUAUCGUGUUCUUUAAUAUUUUUGUGUUAUUAAUUGAAAUUUUGUUGCCAAUGAAUUAUGGAGGCUGGUGCGAGUACCGGUACUCGUACAACGCGAUUUAUGAUGGAGGGUGUCGGAGCCCGAGUCAUCCGUGGACCCGAAUGGAAGUGGGGUAAACAGGAUGGAGGAGAAGGUCAUGUAGGAACUGUUAGAAAUUUUGAAUCUCCAGAAGAAGUAGUUGUCGUUUGGGAUAAUGGUACAGCAGCUAAUUAUCGUUGUUCUGGUGCAUUUGAUCUUCGAAUUUUGGAUUCAGCUCCGACUGGCGUGAAACAUGAUGGAACAAUGUGUGAUACGUGCAGACAACAACCAAUUUUUGGAAUUCGUUGGAAAUGUGCAGAAUGUGGGAAUUAUGACCUUUGUUCUAUUUGUUAUCAUGGAGACAAGCAUCAUUUAAGACAUAGAUUUUAUCGUAUAGCAACACCUGGAAGUGAAAGAGUAUUAUUGGAGCCACGACGUAAAAGCAAAAAGAUUGCAAUUCGUGGUAUAUUUCCUGGUGCCAGAGUUGUAAGAGGUGUUGAUUGGCAGUGGGAAGAUCAAGAUGGUGGAAAUGGUCGAAGAGGUAAAGUUAAUGAAAUUCAAGAUUGGUCUGCAGCUAGUCCACGUUCAGCAGCCUAUGUUAUAUGGGAUAAUGGUGCCAAAAAUUUGUAUCGUGUUGGUUUUGAAGGAAUGGCGGAUUUAAAAGUUGUUAAUGAUGCUAAAGGCCAAACAGUUUACAGAUAUCAUUUACCACUAUUAGGUGAACAGGGUCCAGGUCGCACUGGCGCCCAUGGAUUACAAAUUGGAGAUCAGGUUAAUGUUGAUUUAGAAUUAGAAAUCGUACAAUCGUUACAACAUGGGCAUGGUGGUUGGACGGAUGGUAUGUUUGAGUGUCUUGGUACUACAGGGACUGUUGUUGGUAUUGAUGAAGAUCACGAUAUUGUUGUGUCCUACCCAAGUGGAAAUCGAUGGACCUUCAACCCUGCUGUAUUGACAAAAGUACAAAUACCAGUCCCCGUUACUAGUUCAAGUUCUGACAACCAAACAUUUGCGGUCGGUGAUUUGGUACAAAUAUGUAACGAUAUAGAAAAAAUACAACGACUUCAACGAGGUCAUGGUGAAUGGGCCGAAGCAAUGGCACCGACUAUGGGAAAGAUUGGUAGAGUUUUGCAAAUUUAUCACGAUGGGGAUUUAAAAGUAGAAGUUUGUAGUACAUCUUGGACAUAUAAUCCUCAAGCAGUUACCAAAGUUGCAAGUAGCGAUGGUAGUGUACCAGGAAAUAGCAGUGGGGAACGUCUAUCAGCAUUGCUAAAAAAAUUGUUUGAAACGCAUGUUUCGAGCGAUGUUAAUGAAGAGUUAGUAAAAACUGCUGCGAAUGGUGAUGCAGUUAAAUGCGAAGAAUGUUUAAAGAGACCUGAAGCUGAUGUGAAUGGCGUAUUUUCGGGUCAUACUGCUUUACAAGCAGCAAGUCAAAAUGGUCAUCUAGAAGUUAUUAAAAUUCUCCUCCGUUAUAAAGCAGAUGUUGAAAUUGAGGAUAAAGAUGGAGAUAGAGCUGUACAUCAUGCAGCAUUCGGAGAUGAACCGGGCGUAAUGGCAUUAUUAGCUGGUGCUGGAGCUGAUUUGAAUGCUAGAAAUAAAAGACGCCAAACUGCCCUCCACAUCGCGGUUAAUAAAGGACAUGCCGGUGUAGUGCGCACGUUAUUGGAGUUGGGAUGCCACCCAAGUUUACAGGACUCCGAAGGUGACACUCCCCUUCACGAUGCGAUCUCUAAGAAACGGGAUGACAUGUUGGCUCUGUUGUUGGACCAUGCCGCAGACAUCACCCUCACGAACAACAAUGGCUUCAACGCUCUGCACCACGCUGCUCUUCGUGGAAACCCAAGUUGUUCCUUUAUAUCUAAAUCGUUAACUAACAAUUCGAUGUGA